UAGCUACAACAAAGCUACGGAUGGGCGCUCUUAGCAUUCUUGCGCUCGUGGUGGCGUCCCUCGUGAUGACGGCGGCGGCGGAGGAGUACAACGUGGUGGACUACGGCGCGCGGCCCGGCGGCCAGGCCGACUCUGCGAAGGCGUUCCUCGCCGCGUGGGCCUCGGCGUGCAACGACACGGGUAGUUCGGCGCCGGUGAUGCGCGUGCCAGCGGGCACGUACCUGGUCAGCCAGGCCUACUUCAAGGGACCGUGCCGGAGCACCGCCGGCGUGGUCGUGGCCGUCGAUGGCACCGUGCUCGCACCGGCCGCCGUGGACAACACGUCGUGGAUCAUGUUCCACUACGCCCACGGCCUGAAGAUCCGCGGCGGGACGCUGGAUGGGCAGGGGCAGGCCUUCUGGGCGUGCAAGACGGCCGGCCGGCGAUGCCCGCCCGGCACCACGACGCUGGACAUCAGCCAAUCCAAGAACGUGAGCGUCAAGCGGCUGACGCUGCUCAACAGCAAGAACGUCCACAUGUCCAUCUUCGACUCCACCGGCGUGACGCUGCAGGGCAUCAGGAUCGUCGCGCCGGCCGACAGCCCCAACACCGACGGCGUCCACGUGCAGCUGUCGCGCGGCGUGCGCAUCCUCAGCGCGACCGUCGGCACCGGCGACGACUGCGUCUCACUGGGGCCCGGCACCUCCGACGUGCUCAUCAGGAACAUCAGGUGCGGCCCGGGGCACGGCAUCAGCAUCGGGAGCCUGGGCGGGGAGGCCGGCGAGGCCGGGGUGCGGAACGUGACGGUGCAGGGGGCGGCGCUGACGGGCACGCAGAACGGCCUACGGAUCAAGACGUGGGGGAAGCCCAACAACGGGUACGUCGCCGGCGUGUCGUUCGCGCGCGUCACGAUGCGCGGCGUGCAGAACCCCAUCGUCGUCGACCAGAACUACUGCCCCGGCAACGUCAACUGCCCCGGCCAGAGUUCAGGGGUGAAGAUCAGCGACGUGGAAUACACGGGCAUCGAGGGAACGUCGGCGACGCCGAUAGCGGUGCGGUUCGACUGCAGCGGCAGCAACCCGUGCACGGGGAUCAGGCUCAAGGACGUCAACCUGACGUACCAGGGCAAGCCGGCGCAGUCCUUCUGCAAGAACGCCGAUGGGUCGGCAUCCGGAGUCGUCAGCCCGCCGAGCUGCCUCUGAGUUCAGAUCUGGCCAUUGCCGGCCGGGCGUGCGCCGCCAUCUUCCCCUGCCGACCGCGGGGCGCAAGAUUUGCAGUGCGCAAUCUCUCAGUCACGGAAUCAACGGCUGAGAGUACUGACCAUUGUGUCGCACACACGCGUAGUACUUUACUUUGUGAAUCAGAGUCAAAUGCAACUGCAAGCAUUAGAAAGGUUUUACAUGGAAGUGCGGCAGGUGCAUGUAAUGUAGGCAGCAAAUCUGUAACGUAAUAACUGUUUGGUGCAUCUGAACGCUAUUCCCAUGUGUAUGGCCGGU